AUGCUAUCAGUUGCAAAGAAAUUUAAAGAUGUUUUUCCAAUGUUUAAAGAUCAGGAAAUCUUUUAUCAAUGUUUCCCAUGCCCUGAAGAUUGGGAAAAGGUGGAGAAAAUAUGUGAGAUUUUAGAAGUGUUCAAUGCCAUCAGAAAAAUUAUAUCCAGUAGUGAUUAUCCAACUUCCAACUUGUUUCUCAAUGAAGUCUAUCGUGUGAAAAUGUUGCUAGACAAAAGGGCCAAUGAUGAAGAUGAGUUUAUUCGAGCAAUGAUUGGCAAAAUGAAGGUUAAAUUUGAUAAAUAUUGGGGGGAAUGCAAUUUGCUUAUGUCUGUGGCAACCGUCUUGGAUCCAAGAUGCAAAAUGAGGGUUGUUGAUUUCACUUUUUCAAGGAUGUAUUCCGAUAGAGAAGCAAGAGAAAAUAUUGCUAAAGUUCGAGAAGCUCUACAUGAGAUUUAUGAAGAAUAUGUUCGUGAAUAUCAACAUGGAAAUGAGCAUAGUGGUGAAACUCCAAUGCAUAAUAAUGAUGAUGUUAGUAAUAAUGGCAAAGACUCGUCAGGUUGGUCCGAAUUUUCAAGUUAUGUGAAAUCUAUUGAAAAAGCCUCGCCACAACAGUCAGAUUUGGAUGCAUACUUAACCGAAAGUUGUUUUAUUUUUGAAGGAGAUCCUAAUCAAUUUAAUGCUUUAGAAUGGUGGAAGGGAAGUACUUUAAAAUAUCGCAUCUUGUCUAGAAUGACUCAUGACAUACUUGCUAUUCCUAUCAGUACAGUGGCUUCAGAGGCUACUUUUAGUGCAGGCGGUAGAGUGAUUGCCACUUAUCGUGUUUCAUUGGCUCCCGAGACAGUGCAAGGAUUUCUUUGUAGGGGAGAUUGGUGUCGAAAUCUUCAUGGAGUGAAGAAGAAAAACAAAGUGAGUUUAUAA